AUGGGAAGGAUGAUAAUCUUUGAGUAUACAUUUGCUUCAUUUCGUAGUGAGGUAAGCUGGCACUUGGAAUUUACAGUUCUCUCGAGCGGUUGUUCCCUCCGGAGAGAGAUGACAAAGCCGCUUGGCAACAAACCGGGAGAGCCGGCUUUUCAGUUAAAGCUCGAGCCCGUGGAUAGAUUGUUUUUCAAAUACAAGUUGAAUGAACCAUGUACUAUUGAACUGAAGAUUACUAAUACUUCUAAGGAUCGUCAAACAUUCAAAGUAAAGUGUACGGAUAACGAUAUCUUUCGAGUACGUCCUCCCCUCUCAUUUGUGAAAGCUGAUGAAACAGCAAUUGUUAAGAUCAUAUUAACCGCUAAAACUCCCCCGGAAAACAAUAGACAUUUUUUUGCUGUUUACCACAUGAAAUGCACAGAUACUACAGGCAAAACAGCUCGGCAGGUGUGGACACCGGAUUCAAAAGCAGAGGGUGUUGCUAGAAUAUUAGUAGUUUUCGAGCAGAUAGAUGCAGACAAGAAAGAAGAAAAGAAAGGGUCUGGUGAGAAGGAAGGAAAGAAAGAAGAGGAGAAGAAAGAUGAGAAAAAAGAAGAGAAGAAAGAGGAAAAAGAAGAGAAGAAGGAAGAAAAGAAGGGAUCUGGCGAGAAAGAGGGAAAGAAAGAAGAUGAGAAGAAAGAGGAGAAGAAAGAUUAAUUCACAAGAGAAUGAACAAUCGUCGCUUGUGCAAAGAAAUUUUUGGC